AAAUGCAGACAUUUGGAGUGUUGACUGGAACCAAAAACUAGUGUUUUAUCCUAUAUGAGAGCCUGAUAGUAACAUUAUAUAAGAAUGGCUUUGGAUUGGAUUGUGUCAGUGGGAACGACGUCAUGGCUUCUCUUAAUGACGUUCGCAGUGGUGCUUUAUUUUCUGAUGACCAAAGAGAAAGAUGUUCCUAAACUCCCACCAACACCUGGCAUCUCACUGCCUUACCUUGGACACCUGUACCUCCUACAGAAGAACCCCAGACAACAGUUCCUUUGUUUUGCGAAGACAUUGGGGCCAGUGUUUCGACUCAAAAUGGGAAAUUUCACAGUGAUUGUUCUCAAUACUUAUGACGUGAUUAAAGAAGCGCUGGUCAAGCAAGCCGAGUUUUUCUCACAUCGACCUAACAUUGACCUUCUCGUCCAACAUUUCCCACACAUGCUAGACGGUAUCGUCAUGUCAUCGGGUCCAAACUGGAAGCAACAAAGAACAACAUCUUUGGCGAUCCUUAGAAAUUUCGGCAUGGGAAAAAAUAUUUUAGCUAAGAAAAUCUCUGAAGAAGUCUAUGUGUACGUCAAAGAACUGACAAAAACUAAAGGAAAGCCUACAAAUAUUAAAACUUUGACAAAUAUGAGUGUCUCUAAUGUUAUUUGUUCCAUAAUCUUUGGUCACAGAUUUGAAUUUACCGAUCCGACAUUUUUAAAAAUGAUGCACCUCUUUAAUAAUUUGACUGAGCAAGGAUCGGGCGCUAAUGCUUUUGUUAUCUUUCCUUGGUUGAGACACAUACCCUUUGACCCUUUCGGUUUUUAUAAAUUUGGAUCUACAAUUAACGGGAUUAGAACGACUGUAAUUAAACUUGUUGGAGGCGUUAGAGAUAAUGGCGAUAAAGAUAAUUUUAUAGCGGCUUACGUUGAGGAAAUGAAAAAAGCUGAACAACUCGGAGAGUCAACUUAUCUGGAUGAAGCAAAUCUGCUGGGAUGUAUUGAAAAUCUUUUUGCUGCAGGGACGGAGACCACCAGCACCACAAUUUUAUGGAGUCUGUUGUAUGUCUUACAUAAUCCAGAAACACAGGGGAAAAUCUUCAAUGAAAUUAUGGAACAUGUUGGUACUGACCGCUUACCGAACAUACACGAUAAGCCUAGGCUAAAAUACUUGAAUGCUUUUAUAAUGGAGAUUCAGAGAAUUGCCAGUCUGGUGCCGUUUAGCGCCCCCCACAUGUGUUGCGAAGACACAGUUCUGAUGGGCUUUAAUAUCCCAAAAGGAACCCAGAUACUGAUUAAUCUCGACUCCGUUCUAAGAGACGAGAAAAUCUGGGGAGAUCCUGAGAAUUUUCGACCUGAAAGAUUUCUGGACGAGCAAGGAAAUUUGAUAAAGAGAGAAGAGCUCAUACCGUUUUCUAUGGGUCGCAGAAUUUGUCUUGGGGAAUCCCUGGCUAAGAUGGAACUUUUCUUGUUCCUGUCGUCCAUGUUUCAGAGGCUCGAGUUCCUACCUGUUGAGCCAGAUCAUCUUCCUACUUUAAAAGAGAUUCUCGGUGGUACGGCUGCACCUGGUCCUUUUGAAAUAAAAUGUGUAACCAGAAACAUAUAG